AUGAUGCGUGGAUCAUUGGCAUUUGCUCUCCUCCUGUCGGGUGUCACAGGUUUUGCUCCCUCCUCCGUUGGCACCAAGAGUUCUCGGGUGACGUCCUUGUCGGCGUCUCGGCAAGACGACGGAGAUUCCCGCCGUGAAUUUUUCUCCAGAUCGGUGGGAAUUGCGGCUGCUGGCCUUGGUGUUCCUUUCCUACCUUUGGAAUCUGCCAAUGCUGUCAGUGGAGUUUCCAAGGUCAAUGCCAAGCUAAAGGGAUUUGGGCUUCCAGUUGUCAGUGAGGUCCAAAACGGUUUUUCUCCACUCCUCGAGGUUUAUGGAAAAGGAAGGAAUCGCUUUCCAAUUUUGGUUCAGUUCAACUACCCUCUAACAUGGGUGGUAACUGUGCCCAGUAACGAUCAAAAUGGCGAAGAUGGAACUGUGCAAGCAGGUGAAUACGCCAAGGGCGACACAGCUACUUUCUUUGUCUACGACGAACCAGGAAGUGUUUCGGACGUUAACAGUCAAUCCAAGAGUUUCUUUGAAAAGGCGAUUAUCAAGGCUAUUAGCCAAAAGGGCGACAACAUGUAUCAGAGCUUCAAGGUAAUCAAGACAGAACCCACGGAAAGAGAUGGUCAACAGUACACGUUGGUUGACUUUAAGUAUGAGCUGUUGACGGGUGCUGGUUUCACUGUAGACCGUCGAGGUGUUGCCUCUGUCACAAGUCAAGGAAAGGCUGUGGAAGUCUUGUGGACGGCUACAAUUUCACAAAGGUACAAGAAAAUGGAGGAUACCCUUCGUUACAUUGCAGGCAGCUUCCGUUGCUACACGGACGGCCUCAACCUUUCUGACGAACUGUACGUUGGCUACGGCGAGCUUUCGUAA